GAGACGGACGGGGGUCUGGAGGAGACCAUCGCGGCCUCUGAGAAGAUUCUCCUGAGAGACCUGAAGCUGAUGAGACACCACCAGGUGAUCCACCCAGUGCUGCAGGAAGUCGGUCUGAAGAUGAACCUGUUGGACCCGACUCUGGCCAUCGACCUGCAGUACCUGGGGGUCCGCCUGCCCAUCCCCCCCCCCGGGGUCUCUCUGGAGCCGCUGACCCCGGACCUGCUGCCGCCGCCGCCACAGGGUGUUUCUGCAGGGUUCGUGUCCAGAACGGGAAAAACCACCGAUGUGACUCAGAUUAAAGGUUGGAGAGAGAAAUUCACUCCAUCUGAGGCUCCGCCCACUCCGACGCCAACACCAACCAAUCCUGAAGGGUCCGACGUGCAGAAGAAGAACCUGUCGGCGUUCUGCAGCGACAUGUUGGACGAGUACCUGGAGAACGAGGGAAAGCUGAUCGACGAGCGCGCCGCCAGCUUCUCUUCUUCUAUGGUGGAGCCGCUGGUGUACCAGCUGCCCACGCGCAGCACCAGCUACGUCCGGACGCUGGACAGCGUCCUGAAGAAGCAGAGCUCACCUACAUCAGAUCUCAUCUCUGGGUUCAUCCCCCCCUCCAAGAGACCCAAACCGCCCCCCAGGGACAGGAAGGGAGCCAGGAAGGAGCACAUGAGGCAGAGGGGUCCGAAACCCAAAGCUUCUGGUCCGGGUCCGACGCCAGCUGAACCCCACCCGGGGGUCCCGUUCCCAGCAAUCCCAGUCCCAGCGGUCCCGGUCCCAGCGGUCCCAGCGGUCCCAGCGGUCCCGGUGGUCCCAGUGCCCGCGGAGUUACCCCAACCCGUCACCGAGAGUAAGAAACCAAAGAAACCCUUUAAGGUCCGGUUCCACCACACAGAACCGCUAUCGCCGUCUCCAAAACUCAAGAAGAAGAAACCCAAGACCUCGUCCCGGACCCUGAGCCCCCCGGGGUCCCUGGCGUCACCCGCCGACAUGCCCCCGCUGGAGUCGGACUCAGAGCUCGAUGACGCCGGCAGGAAGCCCGGCGCCCCGCUGAUGACCCGGGCCCUGCUGAGGCAGAAGGACCUGGAGGACGGCGCCGUGUGGGAGGGACGGCAUCGGACCUGCGUCACCGAGGAGAGGGCCGCCGUCGCUCUGACCUCGCUGUUCACGCUCAAGGUAACGACCACAGGGAGACCCAUUCAAAUAGAACUACUACUGUCCCC